AUGCCUCAUGUUCCAUGUGGCGGCAUUGGUGGUGUUCUCAAGAAUUCUCAAGGGUUGUUUAUUGCUGCUUUCUCUCACAGGGUGAACUUUGUUUGUUCUCCAUUACACGCCGAGCUAUUGACCUUAAAACAUGGUUUGUUAUUUCUGCAAGACAUGCAAGUAACAGAAACUGUGGUUGAAAGCGACUACCUAAUAGCAGUGGGGGAUAUUAACAAUGAGGUGGAGGACCUAUCUUCUCUUAGUGCUUUAAUUACAGAGGUUAAAGAUUUGGUUCGUUUUAGUAACGAUGUCUGUAUUAGGCAUGCCUCUAGUCAGGCUAAUACAGUAUCUCAUAGGCUUGCUAGUCAUAGCUUUGAUUCUAAUGUUCAUCAUGAACGGUUUGUUAAUGCUCCAGACUUAAUUCUGGAUACUCUCAUGUACGAUCUCCCUCGUACUCAUUAA